AUGGAGCUCAGUCGGCUGCGGCAUCUCCUCUACACCGCGACAGCGCGGUGUGCGGAACAGCCACCGGCAUCCUACAGAACUGAGAACCCGUCCGCCGCUCCAAAGGCUGCCGACGAUAGUGUAGAGGCUUUUAGCAACAUUGAUGCACUGCACCGUGGCCGACAGCAGCACACCUCCUCGCCUAGCCCAACGCCGACCAGGAACGCGCAGAUGACCCGCAUGGCAGUGCGGCAGCGCUUCAAACGGCUGCUCAAGCGUAGCAACGCCUACGUGCAGGAGCUCUACCGCGCCACGCACAAGACGGACGUGAUCCUGUCGUCGAAGACAUCCAAGGCUACAAGCACAGCGCCAGCGCCGCCGACAUCCUUUGCGUGCACUGCUGACAUCGACGCUGCCGACGUGUUCUGGGCACUCGUCCUGUACAUGUCGGCUGCUCUCAGCUGGAGACAGCGUCGCUUCCUCGGAGCGCAGUGCCGCGCUGACGUCAGCGUCGAAGACAUGGUGAGCAGCUUCCGAGACGCGUCAGAGCGCCACCCACUGCAGCCGCACAUAUCAUCGAGACCGUCGCGGCAGGAAAGCGCGCACUCAUCGCUGAGCUCCACCGCGGACUACCUCACCGGCCACACGCCACGCGAUACAGCGGCACGGCACGGAGCUGGCGGUGGAGCAGGAGCGGACUUCUUCUCUGCUGCGCUGCGGUCACACUACACGCUUGGUAAGGCUGCGCCCGACGACACACCGUUCAGUCGCUGCUGCAGAGUCCUCGAGCGCCUGCUACCGCUGCUGGAAAGUCGUUUGCCUGAGACGCAGCUGUGGCGCCAGCCGUCGCUUCUCGCGGGACUUGAUGUGCUUGCGCGCGGCUUCGCGAUGGCCGAGGACCGUGUCCACGCUUUAUCCUCGCGAAGUGACAUGGACACGGCUGCGCGGUGUCCGCUGUGCUACGCCGCGGCGCUGGACAACGAGCUUGCGGUGGAGGCACUCCUGCACCUUCGCUGCUACGCUGCCGCCUAUCAAGGCGCAGAGGAUGCGGCGGAAGAUGCAGGAGUCCAACACAGACGGCAACGAGGAGAGACUCGAAACGGCUUUAAUAGAGCUGAGCUGAGCUCGUGCGAAGUCGGAUGGGUAGCUGCGUGUCGCAUCGCGUUGUGGAACAACUGUCGAGCCUCGCUGAUGCGACUGUGCUGCCCACCCUUGUUCUGCACAGCCACGUGGUGGCCGCAUCAUCAAGAGGCAUGCGAAAGGGCGGGGUGUAGGCGGCCGCAACACCCGGGGUGGAGGCGAUAUGCGGUUCUCGAGGCUCUUUGGAUCAGCUGGUGGCAAGCGGAGGCAUGGCUGACCUCCGGACCUUCUUCCCCCGAGAUUACAGGCACGAGGGCCCCAAUUUCCAGAGGCGCGGCGGCGCGCUGGCGCAGCGCACUACUGUUCCUGCAAGUUGUACUACCCGCUGCUGAAGUCGCAGCGUGUGGGCCCGGUGUCGAAGGUGGUGCGACAGAGAAACACCUGAACUCUCAGCGCGACAGCCACCGCGUGCUCCUCGCCCACCUUGUGCAGCUGCCGUUCGUGACCGAACGCAUGCAGCAAGUGUUGCGGCCCCACCAAGAUGAGAAGAGCAAGCGCAUCCACGCCGCUGGCGCCCGCCACUGCGGCGCCUCCGGCACGGUGUUUCACUGGCUCUCGCAACAGGGAGAUGUGCCGUUGCUGAGCCUUCUCUGUCGUACGCUUGACGGCCGCACCGCAGCGAUGACGGCAGGCAAAGAAUCGGUGGGGAGGGACGUUGGCGCCGGACACGGCAGUCGAGCUUACGUCAUUCAACUUGGCGCUGCGCAUGCGAGUUGCGAAGGUGUCGGUGACUCUCGUCGCCACAGAGCAGAUUUACCGACACCAGAAGCAGCAGCAAGUGGUGCGGUGGCGUCCAUUGGUGGUCCGGUGAGCCAGCCAGCCCCCACAGGCCUGGGUCGUGGCUUGUGCAGCUCAGUCUUCUCCGUGUGGGGUUUACACCUGAUGGACACCCUCGGCCAAAACGCCCUUGACGUGGCGUGCAGGCGUCAACAUCUGCCGUGCGUGCGCCUCCUGCUGCAGGCGGGGCUGUCACCGAACUCCCUCGCAACCCUUGUCUCUGACAAGUGCGUCGACUCGCUGCCACUGCCGUUGCUCAGGCUGCUCUACGACCCCUCCCUUCUUGAAGGAGCGGAUGGCAGCCGCGGUACGCCGCACAUGGGGCUGGCGGAGCGCCUGCGGCAGCCAAGUUGCCCCGCCGCGGCUGCCUCUCGCACCCUUGCCCAGCUCGCGUUCCGGCUGUGGACAGAGAAAGUGCAGCAGCUGUCGAUGGUGCCGCAGGCAGCUGAUGGCGAGGGCUUCGCGCUGGACCACUGGCGCCGUGCCUACACGCGGUGCCUAGCGGCCCAGGAUCGUGUCUUGCGGCCAGCGAUGGCAGCGCUGGAGUUCGACGCGUACGAGCCCAUGGCCCGUCUCGUCGUGUUGUCUGUGCUGACGCGCAAGCUGAACGACUGGUUGAUCACCGCCCCGUCGUCUGUGCGCUUUGGUGCGGCCGAUCUGCCGCUCGGCACCAGCGGCAGCCUGCAAGGUGACGCGGCGUCAAGUAAGUCCUCCCCCACUCUUUCACAGCCGCAGCCGGCGCCACCCUCCCUUCGGCAGCUGCGGCUCCAGCACACGGUCGCGCUGCGGCUGUACACACAGCUCACAUGCCCACUUGGCCGCGCGCUGCUGCGCCGCGCUGUCGACGCGAGGUGUGCCGUGUGUGACGCCCUUGCAGCACGAGAGGACCGAGCAGCCUCUGCGCUCCUCGCUGCCUCUGCCGCCCUGUCUGCUCCGUCCACUGCGGAGGCGGCCAGUGUCGGUGGCGAGGGUGCCGAGCUUGCGAAGAGGGACGCGGCGAUGGUGCCUACUGAAGCGUCCGUGCCGCUGCCUCCAGGGGCCUCGUCGCUGGCGCCAUCGGAGCCCCUCAAGUCGCGCCAGGAACUGCAAGGCCUCUACGAGCGCGUGCUCGCGGAUGCACACACACUCGACGCACGUCUUGUUGCCGAGCACCAGCAGCGCAUCUGUGCGAUGGAGGCGCGUGGCGAAUCGGAGAGGCACUACCGCCCUGGUGGAACGCGUCCGCGGUACCUGCGCGCCUCCCUUGCUGCUACUCAUGGAGUCGCAACGGUGCUGCGUGGACGCCAUCAUGGGCACCACACUUAUGCAAUCCGGCACUCUCACCGAAGCGAGAGCAGCCACGAUGACGAGGUGUCCGCCCUCUACGCGCUUGCCGUGAUCCCGUCCGCGGAGGCGCUGCAGUCCGCACGCUGGGAAACGAGCGCAAUACUGCGCAACGGUGAGCGGCCGCGGCCGCAGCACACCACCGCCGGCGUGCACCGCGUCGUCGAGCCGACCCUGUGGACUUUCACGAGCACACCACAGCAGGUCUGGCUGCGGCUGCCCGAUGGCGUCGACCUUGACUGCCUCUUACGCGAAAACAAUGGUGGCGGCUUUGGUGUGGUCGCUGACGACAUGCCGCUGACAGCACCGGUGCAGCGUGGUGACUUAGUCGCGUUCCGCUGCACCAGCGGCGGUGAUGGCGCCGGUGGAUCAGCUGACACCUCUGCAAGGGUCGCGCAGCAGCAAGAGCCGCAGCAGGACGCGAAGGCAGAAGAACGCCGCCACAGUCCGCAGUUCGUGGUCCAGCAAGUCUUCUCAGAGCGGCGCACGCUACCAUACCUUGUCUGGAAGAGUGCGACGGCAGAGGACAAGGACCUCCAGCACCAGCCACCCCCUACAAGUCUCGUGCUUCCUUACGCUGCGGCAGCAGGCACGCCGGCGUGGACGGUCCCGCACAGGGCAGCGCCUCAGAGCACAAGCGGCGCCACAGACCCACACCAGGACAGCAUCACACUGCACGCCUGCUGUCUGCCGGUGUCGUACGUGGCGCGCAUGACGUCCGCACAGCUACACGACCGCCACCCGCUCGACUGGCUGCUGCAGGCACGUCGUGCCGCCAGUUCCUCUCCGAGCGCCUCCAAAUCGGGGUUGGCCGACGUGCUCACGACGCUGCAGUGGAGCGCGGAGUGGACUGCGCGGUGGGCACAGACGGUGUGGGCAGGCGGCCAACCGUGUUGGCUGAAAGAGAGGGUGCGAACCACCAAUGACAGCAACGGUGCUUCUCAAGGCCACGGCGACAACUCACGCGAGUGCGGGAAGCAUCCGAGCAGCCGCAGCCCGGGCUGCUGCACCAGAGACGGCGGACGUGACGUCGUACACCUCACCGAUCCUUUCUGCACCUUCGAUGACGCCAACGCAGCCGAUGGGCGCGACAGCUUUGCCGUCGAUGGUGGACGGCGCUCUCUGCGCGUUCUUCGGACAUUGACGAGCGGGGACACUGCACCGAACGAGGCGCAGCGACUCUCUGCCGAGGUGGACUGGCCCUCUCGAGCGGAAGGGUGCAGCGUGGUGGUCACCGCCGAUGUGGUGCUGUGCAGUGCCACUGUUGUAUGA